UCAAUAGUUGAAAUCUUACUUAAAAGCACCAGAGCUACAAAGAUGUCAGAUCCAAUUAACUGGCUGCAAAGCACCAAGAAACUGUGCCAGGUUGCGGUUGAUAACCGCGAGCAACAAGCACCAGUGCCCGUGAAGGAAGAAGUGGCUGCCAAUUAUCCUGAACUCAAUGAUCUGAUGGAAUCUAUCCAAAUGCAGCAGCUAAAGGAAGAUGAUGUCAUUUUAAUCAAAGGCCUGCGACGGCAGCAUUCUGAGACAACGACAGAUGAGUUGCAGAGUUCAUCGGAAGGAGUGAUGUGCCUCUCACCCUCCCCCAGCCACGGCCCUGGCUCUAUGAUGUCCAGCCUCAGGAAGUACGCUUUGGGAUUCCAGCAUGCCAUCCAUGCCAUGACCCAGCAUUUUGCUAACGUCCGCAUUCGGAGUAUCGAGGAACCAGAGUACAUUCCCACUGCCGAGAUUUCUCCUUCUGAUGCCAUCACUGCUCAGGGAACAAACCGUUCUGCUCCAGGUGUUGAAGUUUGUUUUCCUGAUGCUACAGUUCCUCCAGCUGAUAUUCCACCUCUUCCAACGUCAGAGCAGCCGCGUCAGCAGAAUUUAGUUCAAAGUUUAUCUGGUCCUGUGCAGCCUGUAGUAUGUUAUCCACCAGAGAGCAUUCAGUCGUCAUGUGAGGAAACCAAUGUGGAUCUGGGAACACCUUCCAAUCCUCUGCCUCCCUCUGGAUCACAAUUUUUGGAAAAGCUAUCCACUUUCGCCGGGCGGAUGUCUGACGAGGUACUUAGUUCAGUGAACAAGAACAAUGUUCCUCAGGGGUCUAAGCCUGAUUAUACGGCGGUGACACAGUCUGAGGACUGGACAUGCACUGAAAGUGAAUUUUCUUUCGAGAUGUCUUCUCGUGAUGUUAUCCCAAGUUCACAUUUGAAUCAAACGUUUCCAGAUGUUGACAUGUCUCUUAAAUCAUCACACAAUUAUUUAAAGUCAAGCAAACCAAUAGAGUCAGAGAGGAACCAUGUCGUUCUGGAACGUGAGAGUAGAAAUGCCAUCCCAUGUGGCAUAGGCUUCCUAGCAAGCAGAGAGGCUUCCAAUGUUAUUCAGAAAUCUCUUCAAGAGAUUGGGAUUGAAAGGGAAAACCACCUUGACGAUGUUUCAAGGGCAAUAAAUGCCAGCUCUUCAGGGAAACCUCGUACAAUGGUGCUUCCUGUUGUGGAGAAUUAUGCACUGAGGCUGACCCGGGAAGUAAUUUCUGAUGGCACCAGGAGAGCAAACUGGGAGGGAAAGGCGAUAAGUCACAACAUGGAGGUACUUGAAGAGGAAAGUAAGCAUUCACACCUUGGCCACUUGGAAUCACAUGGAGGAAAUUCUUUGGACCUUUCAGAGAUUCAGUUGUCACAAUCUGACAUUGAUGCACAUGAACUUAAUCAUCUUGGAAGAACCACACCAAAGUCAUUAUGUAUUGGAGUAAGCCCAUUAAUAGCUAGUGACCAGAUUGCAACUUUAACACAACAGUCUUUUGAUUCAUCUGUGGAGGGCGAAAGACAUUUAUCAGCAUUUGACAAAGAAAAAGCAGAUAAUCAAGACUAUGAGAAACUCAUGUGUGACAAACUUGGGCUCACCAAGAAAGCAUCAUUGGACUAUCCUGAUGCACCACCACCGACACCACUGAAGCCACAGCUCACAGGCAGUCAGAGGAGGAGUUUUACUAGGAAGCUCAAGGGAGGUUUAGCUAAAGAAUUCCUUCCCUCACCCCCUCCGCCAACUCCAAAGGAAAUUGUCAAUUUUUGCCUGCCUAAAGAUGGGAGAGAGGAUAAGGCUGAAUUUAUGAGAAAGCUGAUACGAUCGCUGUCUCAAGAGUUUAGCGGAAAAGACACUACAGGGACUUCUGAGAUGCCAGAUGAUGAAAGGCUGCAAAAUGUACUGCAGGAAUUUCCAGCUUCAGGAAGUGAACCAACAGAGGGGUUGUGCACUGAAGAGAAUAAGAUGCAAGACUACUUCAGUAAUUUAGUAUCUGGCAUUGUCUUUUCAUCUGCACAAGUUAUGUGUGUUAUUGUAGGAAAGAGCUUUGAUUCUAAAAACCCUAAUGAGCAGAACAGUCCCAGUGUUACAUUUGGCAAUGAUUGCCAGCUGAAGAGCCACACUGUGGAAAAACUGAACCCGCAAGCUUCUGAUGUAGCCAUUCUGGAACCUCAAAGGAUUCCAAGUGAAAACAAUGGGGAUAAAAACCGAGCCAGUUUUCCACUUGUAACAGAGAACAAAUUGUGGGAAUAUAUUGACAGACUAACACAGGAAAUCAUUAAUUCUGUCAUCAAUUUUCUGAAGCAAAUUGAAUUACUUGAAAGUGGGGAGCACAAGGUGGAGAGGAAAGGGGAUGAAAACAAAGACUGUAAGCAUUCACGUUAUAUCAAGCAGCUAAGCUCCAUGUCUGAAGGCUUGGUGCAAAGAGUGGUACAGUCUGCCCUCCACCUGUUUAAAACUCAGUAUGAGUUGCAGCCAGCCCAAUACGCCAGCACUGUGAGCUUAUCUGAAGGUGAUGUGGAUCCUGCGCCCGCUGCAGAAGUAUUUCAGAACAUUGAUCCUACAGUCAGGGGCAUCGAGGAGAAUCCUAUUCUCACUGACAACGAAGAGCAGCAGUUUAUCGAACCAUCACUGGAGACAAUCAUAUCUGAGGCAAACAGCCAAGCUGCAGCUCAGGACAGUGACCCUGUAUUUAUCCGGGAGGAGCAAGUGGCAGGAAGUCAAGGGACAGCUUGUGGAAUUGGCACUACACGCCCUCUUGAUGUAACAAAUUGUAAGAAUGACAGCAGUGCAAGAUCUUUCAGCAGCCAGUGCCCAUAUAAGCAACCACUUGUAAAAAUGGAAAGUGAAGAAUUUGCUGGAGAGAAUUGGAGUGGUUUCAGUCAGGUAGAAAUGAAAGUAAGUUUAUAUGAACAAAUGAAGGAAAGAUCACGUCCACAUAAAGAUCAGGAUGCAUUGCUCAACCUCAACUCCAAGCCCAUUAGUAAUGAUGAAGAAAAAUCCUCCACCUUGGAAUUAACAAAGCCAAUGAUGAAGGAUCCAGAACACAAACAGUUAAACAAAACAUAUGCUGAAAGCUUAGCACAAACUAUACUGAAUUCUUCCAUGGCUGAUGUUUGUAGGCACUGUAGUUCUAGACUAGAGGAACGAACACAUUCUCAAAGGACUGAUGACUUGCACAGAAAUGCUCUUUCUGUUUCCCGCAGCUCAGAAGAGAGUCUAGAGGACCAGCAGAAAGCACAGACAGAAGAAUUGUUCAAGGACAAAGAAGAGCACGUUCCCUUAAUUCUGAACACUAAAUUUCAAGGACUCAAUGUAAUUGAAUUUGCCGGCGAUUCAUCAACAAAACAGCCAGAAGAAAAUUCAAAUCAAUCAAUGGCUGCUUUAAAGCAGUGUAGUGAAGAUCAGGAAGACUCUGAAGAAAUGGAACAUCGCAGCUUCUUAUCUACAAAGCCAAUUGAACUUUUGUUGGUAAACUUCAACUCUGCAUCUACAACUGUCGAUGUUCAGGUACAAGCAAUGCUACAAUGGGCAACAGCCUCCCAGCUCAAUGUCUCCAAGAUUCAUAUAAAAAAUUCAAGUGAGGACUUUGUACAGUUCCCCACUCUGUUGACAUUAGCUGAAGAGGAAGAAUGGACUGUGGGAGACCUCCUCUGUGCUGUGCUAGCCUUCUGUGAAAGUAACCAGAAAGCAGCCAAUACAACACUCUUCGACUACCUCCUUGAACCAUUGUAUGGCAUUGAGGCUUGCAGUAAACUGCACGGUGCCUCCAGCUAAGGCUUGGUUUUAGUGAGAAAAUUAUGCACAAUCACCUUUUCUAGUAAAUUCAACGUUCCUGAGGAUCAACUUGCAUUUGGAAGGCAUGGAAAGGAAAUAAUCUGUACAUUUCAUUACCCCCAACCCACAGUCCUCUGACUGUCAUGAUCAACAAGUUAUAAUGAAGGAAAAUACAAUGUUUUUAUAAAAAUUUAAAUUACUAUGGUGGAAUCUGUUUAAUUUUAUGCAUGUGAUCUGGUUCCAGAUCAACUCUACCAAAUGCUAGUCUGUAGCGAGGAAUGAGGAGAUGCAACAGCAUUGCCUGCAUCUACAUGCUAUUUCUCUGAUUCAAAUCAUUUCAUGAACCUUACCACCUCAUCAUCUCCUCACUUCCUCCCACAACAAAAGAUUAAUUUCGUCCCAUGAUCUUCUCCUUCCACCUCUCCUUCAUACUGUUAGCUACACAUUUUCUCUCAGCUCCAUUCAUUAUAUUGAAAGGACAAAGAUAAUUGAAAUGGGAAUAAUCAUAUUUCCCAAAUAGAUUUUUAUUCCUACUGUUAGUGUUGCUGUUUUGAAUACAGCACUGAAAGAGACUACUCAGUCAAUUGUGUCCACACUAUCUCCUAAAGGGGCAACCCUGAGUUCUAUUCCCCUGCUCUUUCCCCCAGCCCUGCAACUAUUACCUCCGAUAUGCUUAUCCAGUUCCCUUUCAAAGACACUGAUAAAUUUAGAACUCAGUGAGUUCUAGAUCCCAGCCCCUUUCUGAGUGGUGAAAAAAAAUUAUAUCCUCCUGGUUUUUUUUUGCUCAAUUUUAAAUCUUUGUCCUAUAAUUUAGAUAACAGCUUUACUUCCAGGUCUAAGCCAGUCAUGUUACUGUGUGCCUUUGUCAUAUUUCCUCUCAUUUACUGUGCUCAAAGAAAAACAACUACAAUUUCUCCAUUGCAAUCAUUUUCCAUUUCUAAUCUUUAAUUCUCACCCUUGGAUCUAUUAUUGUAUCUUCUGCACCCACUCUGGGACUUCCACAUCCUUUCCAAAAUGUGGGAACAGAAUUGAAUACACUGCCCCAAUUGUAGACUAACUUGCAGGUUCAGUCACUUUUCUGCAUAUGCACUUUGUGCCUUUAAUUAUGAAGCCUAGGAUCCAAUGUACUUGAAUAGCCACUGCAUCUAUAUGGAUGCCAGGGCAUCAAAUGAUAUGGGGAGAAGGCAGGGGAGUAGGGAUGACUGGAAGAAUUGGAUCAGCCCAUGAUUGAAUGGCAGAGCAGACUCGAUGGGCCAAACGGCCUACUUCUGCUUCUAUAUCUUACGGUCUUGUGGUUUUAUAUAAAGGAUUUAUGAAUAUUUAUACCAAUUUCCUGCACACACUUUAGAAUUUUAAAGUUUUAAAUAUCAUCCUUUAUUAUCUAUAUAGUUUCUCUUUUUUAUUUAUGUAAUUUCAUCCCUCUCUGAAAUGAUUUCCAUCUGGUUCAUGUUUUGCCAUUUACUUGUUCCUUUGUUUUUCUUCCAGACAUUACAGCUCUCCUUACCGUUUACCACUCUUCUAAGAUUAGAAUUGGCCUUAAAUUUGAUAUAUUUACUUUGCACAUGCAAAGUUAUGUCGCUAAUGUCUCAGGAAAAGAGAGGGCCUGGUCAUGACUCCUAAAGAAACACAAACACAAUGAGUUAGUAGUCUAUCACAUUUAACCCUUAGUCAUUUUGUUCCAGUUGUCAAUUAAUAAACUAAUUUUCUGAUAGCUGUAGAUUUAUUUUGUGUCAUUCCAGAAUCUGGCACAAUAUGAGUGCAAGUUAUCAUCUUCUACAAGCUGAAUAUAUUGAUUAUGCCUUGACAUUUACCUCAAAGUAAUCUUGUCCAAGUGACUGGUGAAUGUAUAAGCCUUUUGCCUUCACGCCAUUUGAUUUGGAAACACACCAUUAUGUUACUCAACAAAGCUCCCUCCAAUGACUAAUGGACUGUUAAACUAAGCCCUUCAAACCCCAACCUGUACUGAAUUAGUUUGCCUUGUUAGUGGAAAUAGGAUAUUACAUUAGCCCCACUAUUCUCAGAUUAUGCAAAAAGCAGCGUUCCUAACUACAAACGUUUGUAUCUAUGGGUCUCUGAAAAGUGUAGACUCAUGAACCCUGAGUAAAGACUCAUGAUCUGUAGCACUAAUGAGCUGUACUUUGUAUCGUUCUGUUGAUGAACCCUAAAUUCAGAAAACCAUGUGUCAAUGCUACAAAAAUACAUCUCUUGUGUGUUCCUGAGGACAAACUUCUGAACAAAGAUCUUCAAUGCCUUUUCAUGCUUUAACCCAUAAAUAUUAAUACCUUUGGAACUGUGUCUUGCUUAGUGUCAAUUUCAGCAGAGAGGACAAUGUUUAUCAGUAUUAUGUUUAUAAAUAGGAAAAUCAGUGUAUUUCAUGGAGACAUUUUAUAAUUGAGAUUACUGUAGAAGGAAUACGCUCUGGAUGUUUUCUAAACCUGCAAAGGUUUACCAUGGGUUAGUAGAAGAAUAAAAUGCUUCCACAUGAUUUUGGAUGACGAUGAAAAUCCUCUGCUGAAGAACAGGACUUCUUCAGUGGUGGCCAAAUACUGUACAAGAAAACUUAUAAGAAAUAUUCAUUUAAAUUUGUAAGCACUGAAGUAUACAGAAGAUCAGGAAUCUUAGACCAGAGGUCUUAAUGAAUGCUUUUAAUUAUAAUAUUAGUCUGUUCCCUGCUGCUUCCUCCUUUUCAGACAAAUCUUUCCAACAUUAAAAGUCAUAAGCCUUUCAGCGUAAAGGCAGGACAGACCUGUUCCACUACUUGCUUCAUCACAGGCCAGACAAUUAGAAUCCUGUUACACCAAACAUGGAUUUUUCCAAACAAGAGAGAAUCUGCAGAUCCUCAGCCCAAAACAUCGACUGUAUUUUUUCCCAUAGAUGCUGCCUGGCCUGCUGGAUUCCUCCAGCAUUUUGCAUGUGUUGCAUGAUUUUUUCAACUGGAUUUUAACAUGUGGUUGGGAGCUGUGCCCUCUACAACUUUCAGAAGGUUUUGUUUAGUUUGGAUUUACUAGGUUUGUUAUGUAUAUUUCCACACCUUAAUUAUAUCUGUUAGUUUAAGUAUUGCAUGUGCAGUUCAGCUGUUACAUUAAAAACAGUAGGUGAAUGAACAUAAUCCAGCCAUUCUCCUUCUAUAUGAGAAUGUGCACGGUGUCAUAGAGAAAGAUGUUGCUCUAUCUUGAUCCAGGUUGGAGAUGAUUUCUCAAGGACUGUAAAACACAGCAGUAUUUUUUCUACUUUUAUCUUUAGACAAAAUAUUUUGCAAAAUAGAAUGUGUUAAAAGUUUUGAAAUUAUGCCCUGCAUUUUUUAAUAAAGUAAAUUUUCUGCAAUUUACUUUGUAUAUGGAACCCUAAUUUAUAUUUACAUAAAUAUAGAAACUGACCAUUUCAUCUGUCUGUGUGUAUUGGAUCGAAAACAGAAAAUGCUAGAAAAAAAGUCAUCAAGUCAGAUUGUUCAAGUUUUCCAAAAUAAAACAUGUAUUUGUGUAUAUUCCAUGUCAGCUGUACACUCAGACCAAUGUGCUCACCACUCCCCUCCCCACUUUACUUUUGCCUUCUACCCACUUAUUACAAAAUAAAUUUUAAAAAACUGCACAUGUAGGAAAUCUGAAAUAUAAACAGAAAACCCUGGAACCCAAUUGGUUUGCUGCUUUGUGGAGCACUUGUGUUCAGUAUUCAGCCAUGACAUUGCGCUUCAAUUACCUUGCACCGAAAAUCACCAUCCUCAGAUUCAGAUUCAUUUAUUUAUAUCACAAUUACCUUAAAACAUACAGUGAAAUACAUCAUUUGUGUUAAGAACCAAGGAUGGGCUGAGGGAAGCCCAGAAGCAUUGUAGCACUUUCUGGGGCCAGCGUAGCAUGCUCACAAUGCUCAGCAGAUCAACACUGAACACAACAUGCUACUAAACCACAACUGCACAAACAAACCCCUGUCUUCCUCCCCACACACAGACAGACUUCCAAACCUUGGCCUCUGGGCCUCCAGUCUCCAGGUUUUGGCCAUUGAGCUUUGAUUUCUGGACUUCCCGUUGAUUCUUGAGCUCCAAUGUUUGGUAUCUAACCCCAGACUAACUGAUGACAGAACUCUGAAUUCCAGGCCAACCUGCCCUCAUGCCUCCUGCUGGUAUGGACAUUUGGUCCUAGGACAACCCAACAUGUCCCUCGUCGCAUGUCCAUGGUGCUGGCCUUCAAGCACAGAGCAGAGGACUAGACUGACUGUCCUUCAUCAUCCAUCCACGUUACUGGCCUUUGAGCACGAAGUAGAGGCCUGGAUUCCGAUGUCCUUUGUCACCCAUCCAUAUCGUUGACCUUUGAGCAAGGGGCAUUUGCCUGGAUUCUGGAUGUCCUUUAUUUCAUACCCACAUUGCUGGCCUCCAAGAGCGGAGCAAUAAUGUCUGCUGCUGGACCAGACUCUGACCUGACCUUUAACUCCUCCACAUUCCUGUCUCUAAGUCCUAUUCUGACCUUUAACUCCUCCAUCUCCCUCUCCCUAAACCCCAAAACUGAGCCCUAACUCCCUUCUCUCUCCCCAAAACCAUCCCUACAGACUUAAAAAAUAACAAUUCAAUCUGAGCCAUGUACUCAAUGGAGACUGCAGCCUGGUGCCACCUUGACUGGAAGUUUGAGAUGAUCCUGCUUCUGUUCUGAUCUUUCUGUCUGUAUCCUGCACUGUUAAAAGAUUGAGGAAUAGCUCCCUUGGCUCAUUAUAGUCUUCUAGACUUUUUUAAAUGCCAACUUCAGGUAAUGUGAUCUUUUUUUUCUGUUUUAGCAUAAUGUGCCACUUCUGCCAGUGAUCCAUCUGACAUUUGGCUCAGAUUUUCUCUCAUUCACUAUGGCUUUAUCUGCUGGGCACGUUCCACAGUUCAGCAAUUACCAACAUAUAACUGCAUAAACCCAUUUGGUCUCAUUCGAUCAGUGAUACUCCCUUUGUCGAAACCAUCUGUAAAUAUAAUUUCUCUCUUUCCAAUUCUAAUGAAGAGUCUCUGCCCUGAAACGUUGCUCUAUUUCUCUUUCCACAAUCACUAACUCAUCUGCUGAAGGCUUCCAGCAUGAAAAAUUUCAGCCAUUGUGCUAGAGAACCACUGCAGCCCUCACCCCUGUGAAAUUAGAAAACAUAUUCUGCAUUUUCAUUCUUUAUUACCUUACUUACUGCCUGUUAUGUUACUGGUGUUUAGGGCAGCAAUAAAGGUCCACCAUCUUUGUCUGACCUUGGCCCCAGGUAUGGUUCAGGGUCCUCAUUUCUGCCUCUGCGGUAUGCCGUCAAGUUGAGCUUAGUCUCCUGUAUUUCCUCCAUCCUUCUGGGGUCAAAUGAAGUGUUGUCUUCCUCUCUUCUCAUCACAUGCCCAAUCCAUCUCCAAUGUUUCCUCAUGAUGACUCUGGUCAUGUCUUCUUGAUGACACUGAAGGAGUAGGGCGUGGUUGGAGAUCUUUCUUUGCCAAAAAAUACUGAGGAUCUUCUGGAGGCUCAUGAUGUGGAAUGACAACAGCUAACAAGAUCAAUUUCUGUCAUACGCCAGUAUCCCAACCUGUACAAGAGUGUGGACAGAACACGGCUCUGGUACAGCUUCACUUUGGUGAGAUGCUGUACGCAGUUGAUCCUCAUAUUGCUCAAUGACCUGAAGACAUUUCUAGCUUUGCUGAGUUGGCACUAGAUGUCGUCCUUGGUCCCACCAUCCUGCGGAAUGAUGCUGCCCAGGUAAGUGAAUCUUCAGGUGUUGGGUAAGUUGAUGCCAUAUGCUUUGUCAGGUGGAGGAAGAGACUCUACAUUGAGGGUCACAGUCUCAGUCUUCAUUAUUUAAAUCUAUUUGUUUUGAUCUACAAUAAGGAAUCCUAGGAAGGAGGACCCAGAGCAUAUCCAUACCCUAUAUGAGUCCUCUAAUCAUGACUGUGUCGGAACAGAGAUGGAAAUAGUUUGUCAUUAGUUAGUUGUCUUUUGGAUGCCUGAAAAAUGAAUCAUCUUUUGCUGCAAUUCAGCCAGCAGCACCCAAAGCCCACCAGAUGCCAUUUUCAGACAGCCUGCUCACCCAAUUUGGACAUUAGGUGGUCCAACUUUCAAAUAACAACAGUAAUUUCUACUUAUGAUAUAUUUACUGUAACAAGACUUCCCAAACACGUCACAGAAGUGAAAAUUAAUGCUGAACCAAAUAAAAAUGAGCUGAUCCCAAUGCAACAAGAUUAAUUUUAAGAUGCAUCUUAAAGGAGUAAAAAGAGAUAUAGAUACGUCGAGAUGAAACUUCAGAGCUUGGGCCUUUGGCAGGUGAAUCCAGCACUGCCAGCAACAGAGCAAUCACUUUUAGAUAAGGAAGAAACCACUUUGCUAGUUAAAUCUUCCCAGUCUUUUUCAAGGUGGAAGGAUUGGGUGUCCCUAAGAUUAUUUUUUGAUCCUUAAUCAUUUAAUAUCUGUAUACAUGACCUGGAACAGGGACCAGAGAUUAAGAUAUCAGAGUUUGCCAAUGACACUAAAAUAGGUAGGUGGGCAUGUUAUAAUGAGGAUAUUUGAAACAGGACAUAGGUGAAUGAGCAAGACUGUUAUUAAACCCUUAGGAAAGAGGAUGUCUUCUUUUAAUAAUCAAUAAUGAGGUUGUACGUUAUUAAUUUCUAACUACUUCCUCAACUUAGAAGUAUAUUUCUGAACUUUGCUCACUGGCUCCUUGUAACAUAUUUAACUCUCUCUAUCUUAUUUAGCAACCAUGUGAGAUCUUAUUGACUGUUUGCCUUAAAAGUUCUUCACCUUUAUAUAAUGUACACACAAUGCUGUGGGAACUCAGCAAGUCAGGUAGCAUCUAUGGAGGGGAGUAAACAGUUGGCAUUUCGGACUGAGACCCUUCAUCACGACUGGAAAGGAAGAAGGCAGAAGCCAGAAUUUGAAGGUGUGGGGGAAGGAGUGCAAUAUGGCAGGUAAUUGGUGAGACCAGUUGAGAGGGAAGGUGGGGGAGGGGAGUUGAAGUAGGAAGUUGGAAGGGGUUUAGGUGGAAGAAGUAAAGGGCUGAAGCAGAAGGUAUCUGAUUGGAGAGGACAGUGAACAAUGGGAGAAAGGGAAGGAAGAAGGGAACCAGAGGGAGAUGAUGGGUAGAGGUGAGAAGAAGGAAAGUAGUGAGAGGCUAGCCAGUAUUGGGAAUAGGAAAAGAGAGAAGGAGGGAAACAAUGCCUAGUAUUUUGUCUGGGUAGCCUCCAACCUGAUGGC